GGCUAGUUAACACAGUAACACAGAAACACAAUAACAACACAUUCACCAUUUUCGACUUCCCCAUAGUCCCAAUGCCAAAGCCAUUAUAACCUCAAUCCCAGUACCACGACCACCCGCCACAAUGGCCUCCACCUCCAACAACCAGGCCGAAGCCUCCGACCCCUCCUACAUCGACUACGAGCUCUUCCUCGAUCCCUCCUUCUCCGCCCCCGCCUUCGCCAACACCCUCGUCCUCACAACCAACAACGCCACUGACUCCCCCCUCGACCUCUCAACCCCUCUCUCCCGCGUCCUCUUCGACAUCCAAGAAGUCGACUCCCACAUCCACACCCUCACCUCCGCCUCCGCCCUCCCCCUCCUCUCACACACCGAAACACAAGCCCACGCCUCAGAACACAUCGUCAGCGAGCUCUCCUCCCAGGCCGCCUCGCUGAACGACUCCUACAAGCGCCUGGAGCAGGAAGUCAUCUCGCGCCACGAAGCCGCUGAAGAAGUCCAGCGCGUCUCAGAGCGCUUAUGGCACACCGUCCGCCUAGGCCGCUCCGUCGGCCGCGCCCUACAACUGGGGCGGCAGCUCGAAGUCCAGAUGUCUGAGCAGCAGCCCCGCAACGCCCAGUCACGAGAUGACCACCGCUCCACCGUCCGGGCUUCAAACACAAUCCUCUCCUGCCGCGCGCUGCUCGCCGCUAACGGCCCUGGGGAAGAGGGCGAGAACCUCGAGAAAGUGCACGCUAUUGCUGCUUUGCAGCGUGAACUGAUCGCUCCGGCUGAACGAUCACUCCACGCCAAAGCCCAACAAGUCGUACGGGAUUUCUCCAUGUCAACGCUCGCCGGCUCCGGGAGCACCUACGCACAAGCCGAGGACGCAAAGUCCCGCGCCACCUCCGCCUUACAGACACUGUACCUACUCUCCCCGCAACCACCGAAGAGAGGAAAAAGCACAAGAUUCGAAGCAGAGUGGAUGGUCCAAUCCAUCCAAGAAUACCUCCGCGUCGCCCUCACCACCUCAACCACCUCCAUAAUCCGCGCCCUCGGCGUCCUCCGCACCCUCGACGACGCCCUCCUCCUCGUCUCCUCCCGGUGCCAAAACCUCGUGGCUCUCGAACUCCUCCUCUCCUCCCUCAACGCCCCCACCCUCCCCUCCCUCUCCACGCCUCCCAACUUCCUCGUCCCCGUCCUAGCAGCGCUAGAGACAAGUAGCCUAACCAGCUAUUUCUGGCGCAGCCUCGCAUCGGCCUUGUCGCCCCGCGUGCAGGAGCUGGUUAAGGCCGGGGGAGUGCAAGCUAGGACGCUCAAGAGUAAUAGGAGUGCGGUUAGAGAUAUGGUGGCGGAGGCGGUGGCGAGGGGGUGUCAGGUUCCGAGUGGGGCGGGGAAGAUGAGGGAUGAGAGGCGGAUGGCGGAGUGGGAGAGGGAGGUUGCUGUUAUGGUUAGUGCGGUGGUUGGGGGGUUGGGGAGGUAG